AAUUUCCUUUUUAAAGAAAUUUCCUCGUAGCUAUCAUUUUAAAAUGGGAGUUCUGAUUAUUUUCUUCUAUGAUAUCAUUUUGGCAAGUUAUCUGUUUCCUGAAACUGCCUAUUUAAGUUCUCUUAUUUUCGAAAUUUCAUAAGUAUUCAAAGUUGUGGAGUAAUGAUGGAGUUGACAACAGCUUUACUAUUUACGUGCUUAAUUGCUUUUAUUAUUUAUUUGAUUGCUGGACGGGAUGUUCGCAAAUUGCCUCCGGGUCCUUAUGGAUUACCUUUCGUUGGUUACAUCCCAUUCAUGAGCUCUAGCCCGUAUUUGGACUUGCAGAAAUUAGCGAAAAAAUAUGGCAGCGUUUUCAGAUUGCGUUUAGGUACUCAAAACACUAUAGUUUUAAGUGACUAUCAAGCUACUAAAGCUGCUUUUUUUCAAGAUGCAUUUAUGGGAAGACCACCUGCCAAUCCUUUUGACCUCAGCAAAGAAACUUUAGAAACCGGUGCUUUCAAUGAAUUACCAUGGAAAGAGCAAAGAAGAUUCUCCCUUCACAUGCUCAGAGAUCUCGGAUUUGCAAAAACCCGAAUGGAAGAGCACUUGAAAGAAGAAAUUCAUGAUUUGUUAGAACAUUUGGAAGAGUUUGGAGGAAAGCCAAUUGUUCUUAAGCCUCAUUUAGCUCCUAGCAUGUCUAAUAACAUAGCCACGCUUGUUUUCGGAGAAAGGCUAAAUUAUGAUCAUCCAGUGCGUCGAAUGCUGGAUAAGGGUUUAAGUGAAUCAGCUGCAGCUGCUGGACAAGUUGCAUGGGAACUAUUUUUUCCAUUCCUAGCCAGCGUUGUAAAAUUGUUCGGCUUCAGUGGAGCUGCUAAAAUUGCUAAAACUCAAAAAGAAACAAGAGAUUAUAUCAUGAAACAAAUUGAUCAACAUGAGCAAACUUUGGAUGAAAACAAUAUAAGAGAUUACAUUGAUGGCUACUUAUUAGAAAUACGAAAAAGAAAUGACAAAGCUUUUUGCAAACCUGUACUUCAAGACAUGGUUGGAGCUUUUUUCGGAGCUGGGAGUGAAACAGUACGUCUUACAUUGGAUUGGCUUACACUGACCAUGGCGUCUUUUCCACAUGUUCAAGAGAAAGUCGUGGCAGAAAUAGAAACUGUGAUUGGCCGAAACCGUACCCCUUGCUGGAAAGAUCACACAGACAUGCCCUACACUGAAGCGACUAUUAUGGAGCUAAUGAGAUGGCGAACUAUUAUUCCCAUAAACGUUCUGCGAUAUACUUUGGCGGAUACAGAACUGAAUGGUUACUUUAUUCCCAAAGAAUGUUACGUGGUCGCCAACUUGUGGGAUAUUCAUCACAACCCUGAAUAUUGGGGAAGAGAUGCAGAAGAAUUUCGUGUUGAAAGAUUCUUAACGGAUGACGGGAAGCAAGUGAAAAAAUCGGAAUAUUUCAUUCCAUUUUCAAUUGGGAAGCGGCAAUGCCCAGGAGAAUCUUUUGCAAAAAUUGAAGUUUUCUUGUAUUUUGUUUCAAUUCUACAGAAAUUUAAGAUCUCUUUAUCGCCUGGAACAAAGCCCGAUUUUGAUGGAGUUUUAGGGAUUGGUCUUUGUCCAAAGCCACAUGAAUUGUGCUUGACCAAGCGGAAUCUAUUUAAGUUCCUCUAUUUUCUAAAUUUCAUAGCAGUAAUAAUGGAAUUGACAACAGCUUUAGUAUGUGCGAGUUUUAUUGUUUUUAUUAUUUUUUGUAUCGCUACAUGGGAAACUCGCAAACUACUUCCUGGCCCUUAUGGAUUACCUUUCGUCGGUUAUUACCCUUUUAUGAGUUCUAAGCCGUACUUAGAUUUUCAAAAAUUAGCAAAAAAAUAUGGUCCCGUUUUCAGAACGCGUUUAGGUACACAAAGCAUAAUAGUGCUUAGUGAUUAUCAUUCUGCGAAAGCUGCAUUUGCUCAGACUGCAUUUAUGGGAAGACCACCGGUCUCACUUUUCGAACUGACCAAAGAGACCUUAGAAACUGGUGCAUUUAAUAAAUUGCCAUGGACAGAUCAAAAAAGGUUCUCUCUUCACCUUCUAAGAGAUCUGGGAUUCGCCAGAACACAAAUGGAAGAACAUUUACAAGAAGAAAUUCUUGAUUUGUUGAAUCAUUUCGAACAAUUUGGAGGAAAGCCAUUUGUUCUUAGACCCAUUUUAGCAUCUAGCGUCUCCAAUAACAUAACCUCACUAAUCUUUGGACAAAGGCUUAAAUAUGAUGAUCCAGCCCGUCAAAUGUUGGACAAAGGUUUGGGAGCAGCAGCCGCUGCGGCUGGACAAGUAGAAUGGGGGCUGUUUUUUCCAUUUCUAGCGAAAUUCAUGAAAUUAUUAGGCUUUAGGAAAACGACUGAAAUCGCAAAAACCAUAGAAUACACUAAAAAACAAAUUGAUGAUCACGAAAAAUCUUUGGAUGAAAACAAUAUACGAGAUUACAUUGAUGGUUAUCUAACAGAAAUUCAAAAAAGAAAUGAUAAAGCUUUUUGUAAACCUGUGCUUCAAGACAUGGUCGGAGUUUUCCUCGGUGCUGGAAGUGAAACAGUACGUCUCACAUUGGAUUGGCUUACACUGACAAUGGCUGCUUUUCCCCAAGUCCAAGAAAAAGUAGCUUCAGAAAUUGAAACUGUUAUUGGUCGAGAACGUACCCCUUGCUGGAAAGACCAUUUAAACAUGCCCUACACUGAAGCGACCAUUAUGGAAUUAAUGAGAUGGCGAACCAUUAUUCCUUUAAACGUUUUGAGAUACACACUUAUGGAUACAGAAUUGAAUGGCUAUUAUAUUCCGAAAGAAAAUUACGUGAUCUUAAACUUGUGGGAUAUUCAUCACAAUCCUGAAUAUUGGGGAAAAGAUGCAGAGGAUUUUCAAGUCGAAAGAUUUUUGACGGAUGACGGUAAACAAGUGAAGAAAUCGGAAUAUUUUAUUCCAUUUUCAAUUGGUAAACGGUUAUGUCCUGGUGAAUCUUUCGCAAAAAUGGAAGUUUUCUUGUACUUUGUCGCAAUUAUUCGGAAAUUUAAGGUAUCCUUACCACCUGAAACAAAGCCAAAUUUGGAAGGAAAUUUAGGGAUUGGCCUUGCUCCUAAACCACAUGAGCUGUGCUUAACCAAGCGAAAUUGAUUAUUCAGUUUCUUUGAACCUCAAUUAACUCAUUCUUUUUUUGUCAUACAGUUUCAAUUUUUCGCUCAUAAUGUUUUAAUUUCUCAUUUCUCAUUUUUAAUAAAAAAAAAAUUUAUACGAGUA